CUUGUGCCUAUCAUGUUCGGGCGGCAUUCAGGUGUAGCGUCUCACUGCAGGUAAAUCCCAAAUAUGGCGGCUUCAAAUCAACAAGAAGGGAAGAAAUGCUCAAAAAGAUGGAUCAAACUAAAUGUAGGAGGAACGCAUUUCUUGACGACCAAGACUACGUUAUCUCGAGAUCCUAAGUCAUUUCUAGCACGGCUUAUCAUGGAAGAUCCUGAGCUACCCACCGACAAAGUAAGCACUUGAAGUUUUCCAAUCAAUGUUAGCUGCAAUUUUAAUGUGAAAUUAUAAAUAUAUUUAUUGUUUAGGAUGAACAGGGUGCAUAUAUGAUCGAUAGAGACCCGAAAUAUUUUGGUCCAAUUUUAAAUUAUCUCCGGCAUGGUAAACUGAUUAUUGAUGCAGGCCUGUCUGACGAAGGUAGAUAUUUGUGUUGUUUAUUUUGGACAUUUUUCAUUUUGACAUAAAUGUAUGACACUGUCGACACGUUUCUGUGUAUCUACAUCUUUUUACUAUAAUACUGUGGUUCUUAAUUUAGCAAGGUUCAAAGUUCAUUUCAUCAUGUCUAAAUAUAGAACAACAAUGGGCCUUUCCUUCAAUUCAGUGAUUGGAAUGUACAUGUUCCAUUGUCUUUUCAUUGUUAUCCCAUCCUAUGUUGAUCAUAGUUUUUCAAAACAUGGUUUGGAAACUCUGCUAAAGUCUUUGUUCUAUCUUUUUGUUCGUGUUUAUGCAGUUUUGUGCAUGGUCAAUGAACACAUUGUAUUUCAGUAUAAUGAACGAAUCAUCCAAUAGCAACGUUUCAGUUCAGUCAUUCAACCAUGCUAUUUAAAUAUUAAUAAACCUAAAACAAAGGAUGUGCACAGUGUAAGUUACGGCUCAACAUAAACUCCCAGCUCAACAUAAACUCCCCGCUCAUUAUAACCACUUUGAAGUUUACUGAGUUUCCAGACCAUCUCUCGAAAGACUAUGUCUUGAUAGACAUGGUCAAAUAAAUUGCAAAUAUGAUUGUUUUAUAAUACAAAUUAUAGGAAUGAUUGUUUGUUGCAGGAGUUUUAGAGGAAGCAGAAUUUUAUAAUAUUACAGAACUUAUACAUUUAGUCAAAGAUAGAAUCAAACACCAUCACCAAAAGAAUCAGGUAAAAACAAUCUUGUUUUAUUGCAUAAAAUCUAUUUCAUUUGCCCUUCUCCAAUAAGCAAGCCAUAAGUUAAGCCUCUCCAUACAGUAUAAGCCUAUAAUCUUGAGGAAGCCCUUUCUUUCAAAAUCCCACCCUUGUCAAAUCCCCUUGACUUUCAGAAGACAUCAACAAAACAUGUGUACAGAGUUAUUCAAUAUCAUGAAGAUGAACUCACACAGAUGGUUUCUUCAUUACCUGAUGGCUGGAGAUUUGAACAGUUAAUUAGUGUUGGUAGUAAUUAUCAAUAUGGUGCUGAAGACCAAGCUGAGUUUCUUUGUGUCGUGUCAAGAGAUAUCACAGACUCUGAGGAGCAAGGAGCAGCCGCACAGAGCGAGAGAGCAAAGGUAAGGAGAACCUUUCAUAACAACCUUGAUUUAAAACACCAAGUUCAUUAUCCAUGUCAUUUUAGUAGUAUUGAAAGUUCCCUGCAAUUACCAAUGAUUAAACAUUGUCUAGGCUCUACAAGAACGAGGGUCAAGAAUGUAAUGACUGUACAGUGAUGGUAAUGAACAUGUUUUAAUUGGCUGCUGGUCAGCUUCUCGGGAAUAAUUUGUAUCUUUAUGUAUACUCCUAUCACAACCAGUUUUACAGCACCUUGAUCACAGCAGUUCCCAACUGUAAAGCUACUGAAAUAUUGACAGUUUUCUUUGAAAUGCCUUUUCUAAAAUGCAACCUGCAAACAUCAGGUCGAUUCCUUCAUGAUACAGACAUGAAAGUGAAGUGCCCAUUGUUGGAGAGGUGUCCAUUAGGAAAGGUUCAACUAUAUGGGUCUGAAACACUCCAGGGAUCCUUUGUUAUUUAUGUGCCCAGUACUCCUGCAUAAUUGAACUUAUUAUAUACCAAGUGUCACACGAAAGUCACAAAAUCUGGCAACAGGUCUGAGCGGUGGACAAUUAAUUACUUUUAUUCACCGUCAAUAAUAGAAUUGUCAAGUUAUAAAGAGAAAAUUAUGAAAGUUUCCUGUUUCUUUUGUUGUUUUUUUUUCUUUGACACUUGGUAUGUAAUGAAAUACUUAUUGACUGGGACUUUUGGGAACCAGUAUGUUUUGUGGACACAAAACUGUGGCAGGGUCCACAAAACAUACUGUUCCCCUUGGUACCUGUUAAAGUGUUACAUAAUGGAUGGUUAUUAAGUACGGUAAUGUGUAAAAUAUAGAUAGUCAAUUUUAAUUUACAACUGAAUUAAAUAUUUCAAUACAUUAAGUUGAAAAUUUUAAAACAAUAUUAUCUGUCCAACAUCUUGUUUCUAUUAGUUCAAGACUGUUUUUUACCAUUUUCUGAUUUUGCCUUCCCAGCAUAUUCAACAGGCAUAUUUUGUGUUAAAAUUAAUGGUAAAAUUAUAAAGAAAAUAGUCAUAAUAUGAUUAUAAAAAUACAUAUGUGACCAUGUUUUUAUAAUUGCUUCAAUAUCUAGCAAGAUAAAUGCUACACUGAGAUAUUCAAAGCAGCGAUGAAGUAUAAGCCAGUUUAUCCAAUCAUAAACAGUCUCCCACUCUUCUGAGGGUUGUAUUAAUUUCUUCAUCAAUGAUUGGGCAACAAUGACCAAAGGUACACUCAUGAAUGUAAGGUAAUAGCCAGGUCGUACUCCAUGCCAGAAUGCACUGAAGAGAAAGGUUGCCCACAUUCUAAAAAAGUACAGUCAAACUCUUUAAAUGACAAAAUGCACUGUCUGUAUUAGCAUAGGCAUUUAUUCAUAAUACCUAAGUUGUUUGAAUGGAAAUUUCCUGUAGAAAUAUUGUGCUAGCCACCAUUGAACAGUCAUGUUCCAUGUCUUUGUAGUUUUAUGCAGAGUUGGAGCAAACUCUGUCUCCCAUAUCUUGAUGUUACGGAUUGUCUCAAAACUAAUCAAAGAGAACAAUGUUAUAAGACUGGCUUGCAGUACAGUUUGUAUGCAGACUGCAAAUUAUUAAAAUAAUGAAAAGUAAAACACAUUAUUUUACUCAAUGGGUCAUUCCAGAAAAGAUCCAUACUCCCCCCACGGAGGAAAUUUCUGCCAUCCGGAGGGGGAGGGGAGAAAAAAUUAUUUCUGAUAAUAGUAAAUGUAUUAGGACAUCCGAAGGGGGUAGGGGGGGUUAACUUCCUAUUUCCUCUGUGGGGGUGGUAUGGAUGUUUUCUGGAAUGACCCAAUCUAAUGCCAGAUUAUUUUACUCGAUCUCUAAAUGCCAGAUUAUUUUCCUUGUCAAGGAGAGUGCGCUGCCACUUAAUGGGUUAAUUAACCCAUUAAGCUGCAGAGCUUCCCCACUGACAAGUAAAAUUGUCUGGUGUUAGACAACUAAAAAAUAUAUAAGUAGGGCACAUUGUGGCUCAAUGGGUUAAUUAUCAUACUCGUAUUUCUGAUUUUCCAUCUUUGCUUGUUCUUCACUGAGUUCAACAGUUGGUCCUUGUCCAGGUCGGGACUUGCAUUCUUCAGGAUAUGCCCCUAAUGCUAAUGAAAUACAACUACUUUCUGCCAACAACCAUCCAAUAUAAAACCUCCAUCGAAACCAUGAAAAUAAAGGUGCUAGAUAUGCAAUACGAUAUAUACUACCCCACGCAUGGUUUAUAUACUCUGAACUUGUGAGAUGGUUUACAGGAAAGUACAUAUUUAGGGGUAUAUAAGCAGCAGCUAAGAAAGGCACAUAUUUAACUCUUUGUAAUGCAACAUUAAAAGAUGGAAUUUGUUUCUUCUGAUGUAGCAUGUCAAUGUAUGUUGUGAAUCUAUAAUAAGGACCCGUCAUCAGACCACAAUAACAGUAGCCAUAACUGAAAGUAUCGUAUAGUGAUACUUGAAGUGUUGAUGUUGCUGUGACCUCUUCUAGUGUUGCAGGUCUGUUGUGACAGUUGAGUUGAAAACCUUCAAAUGCAAUAGUACACAUC